AUGGCGCCUCCAUCGCUCGCGCCUACGCCGCUGGCGCUCCUGCCGCCGCCGCAUCCGCCGGUCCGGUCACCUGCACCGGACGGGCGCCUCUCGCCGCCGCCACACACUCACCUCCGGCCGCCGCCGUCGACGCCACCACUUUGUUGCUAUGUGGUGCCGGAACCGAUGGACCCUGUGGCUGCCGUCACGCCGCCGCCGCCGCUGCCGCCGCUGCCGCCGCCGCCGCCGUCGCCCAUGGAGGUCAUUGCUCCGCCUCCUCAUCCGAGCAUACCCAUUAGAGGUGCGCAGCCUGGGCAACUUCUCCACGGGGCAUUUUCCUCGCCCUCUCGUGAGGGAUUCAGGGUCGCGGGUGGGCAGCACGCCCCGGCAGUUCCGCUGUCCGCUCCCUCAGUGCCGCCGCCCCUGGGUCCCUCCACCCGUCGUCGGAAGCGCUAUUCGUCACAGUCACAAAGCUGUGAUGUUGAUGGAAAAAUAAUGUAUUGCAAACAGCAGUCGAAGGGCACCAUCCAGGAUGAAGGAGACCAGUCUCGAAUGUGA